AUGGCGUAUUCUGUGGGAGCCGCUCUGCUUCUCUUAUUUCUUUUGAAAGCGCUGGGUCUGCGUCUGCCUCCUCUCCUGAAAGCGUGGCAAACCAUUACUCCCGACAUUUUGUUGGAGCUUCAUGAGGUCUUCAAAAUUCCUGCUGGUGCGGAUGCGUCUGUGGAUAUGGUGCGGUCGGUACUUCUUGCAGAUGAUCAAUAUGCAUGGGCCAACCUGGAGCUUGGCUGGCCUGUGAUGCAGGACAUGCUGAAGCGACAUCAUAGACGCUUUCCUUUGCAGAGCGCUUCUGUGGCUUCUGCUGCAGAAGAUUUGCGACGCAAACACAAUGGUAGGUGUUUGCCAGAUGAUGCCAUUGCAAGUCAGGUGCAAGCUCUGCUGUCUGCGGUUGCAGCUGAUCCAGCGAGUUUGCAAUGUCCGCACUGGAUUGAGUUGCUUGGAUAA